GGAGUCUGUCGCCGCCUCCUCCCGCCCGCACCGGUUGUCAUCGCAACCGGACGUUAACGGUAACUCUCACAACAAUCGGGGCGUCCGACCCGCACAGUUUGUGGUAGAUGGCGUUUCACUCGCACAUCCACAGGGAUCCGAACGGAACCUACACGUUCUCCAGUCGGCCCCGACCCGUGGAGAACCGCUCCAAAUACAGAGAGGCCCCGCCCGAACAGACACAGGGCAACUAUGGAAACAUUAUGUACGACCGCCGCGUUGUCCGAGGGAACACUUACGCUCAACAAUUCAUACCGACCGCCGCCCAGCCGGACGCUGCUGAGAUGGAAAUGCAGCAGGAGAUCCGGAGGAGAGCCAUUGCUCGAAAACGGGCCAGAGAGCAGAGCGGACCAAAGACCCCUGAAGCCCUGCAGGGCAGACAACACAUUGAUGUACAAACAGAACUUUAUCUUGAAGAACUAAGUGAAGCCAUAGUGGGUACAGAUGUUGACUGCCAGACUGAUGCUUUCCUGGACAGACCUGCAAGCCCGCUCUUCAUACCUGCCAAAUCUGGCACCGAUGUUGAAACACAGAUAGAGGACGGAGAGUUGUUUAACUUUGACAGCGAGGUGCAGCCGGUGCUGGAGGUCCUGGUGGGUAAGACGAUAGAGCAGUCUCUGCUCGAGGUGCUGGAGGAGGAGGAGCUGGCCUGUCUCAGGGCCCAGCAGAGGGCCUACCAGGAGCUCCGGAAUAUCGAGCUGGCAGAAGUGCAGCGGCUUCAGGAGCAGGAGAGACGCCACAGCGAGGAGAGAGUACAUAGAAUUGCUCAGCAGAAGGAGGUGCUGGAGAAAGAAAGAGAGGCUGCGGAGAAGAUUGCUGCCCGUGCAUACACCCAGCAGUACUUGGCUGACCUUGUACCCGCAGUCUUCAAGUCAUUGUAUAGCCACGGCUACUUUAAUGAUCCUGUUGAGAAAGAUAUCGAGACAAAUUUCUUCCCAUGGCUGAUGGCUGAGGUCAACAACACGUUGGAGAGGAGAUACACAGCAAGACAGCUCCUGGACAAUAUCAUCCACGAUGUCGCCAAGGAGAGACUGGAGGGCUUCAAGGAGGCCAAAUCUGACGAGUAGCGCCCAGAGAGUGAUAAAAGCACAAUUCUCAGAGAUGGAGUCAAUGUCACCACAAUGAAUGUAUUAUGAAAAAUAAAUUUCUGCAGACAAAACUGUGGUUUGAGAUCAAGCAACACCACUAACUCGAUUGUUAUUUAACAAUGUUAAAAUCAAAAUGUAGCACUUUAAAUCAACUUGAUUAUCCCCCAUUAGCUGCAGUUAAUGGAUGAGACAUUAUGACAGAUUUUUUCUGAGGUUUUCAGUCAGAAAUUGUGGCCUACAUUGGCGUUUGGUGAUUUUUUCAAAUCAUUCAGUAGAUAUUUUAUGGCUUUCGUCAAAACCACUAUGGCCCAGAAAUAAUAUGAAAUGUGUCCAUGUUUGUUAUCCUGAGCCGCCCCAAGUUAUACAACUCUUAUCGUUUUCCUUUUUGUUUUGACAACCAGUCAAAACAGUGUUUAUUUCUCUCAGGCAUGCAAUUUGUCUUUAGAAAUUUAGCUCUCGCCAAAUAAAAUAUGACCAAAAACAUGGUUUUAUCUCAAAAACUGUAUCAGUCACAUAGCAGGUGUACAGCAGGGUUUUUUUUUCUUUUUUUCUGUUGAGGAACUCUGUAAAUAAAUAUUUAAAGGAC